AUGUAGCUUUGUGAGAGACGGACGGCUGAUGGAGACAUUUUAAAAUAAAUACAUAGCUAGCUGCUAACAGGCUAACAGGGCUCGGGGAAAGGUGCGAGCACACUGCGCCAAAAAACACCUUUCAAGUUUUAAAGAAGUGAAGUGUAUUUAUCAGUGCGUUGUUUAUGCAUCGUUACUCAGUAAGACUGCACAUUUUUGAAGAUGUCGAAAAGUCUGACGGUGGGAAAAGAGAAAUAUAACUAACGCCUUGGUAAGCUCCUGUCCAGGCACAUUGGUCCAUGUUUGUUGGACCUUUGGGCUCUGGGCUCAACUAGCAUGAAGAUGGCUGAUUCAGAAAAGGCAGAGGAAUUUGUUGAUGCCGAGUGCCCCCUAGAGUGCCUUGAUGAAGCACAAUCAGCCACAGCUUCUGUUCAGGGAGAGCAGGACGAGCACCUGAAAACAGAGACCACCACCAGUACCAGCUCACCGCCAAGGGAAAAGGAGGGAGACAGCCCAUUGAAUACAGAGGGUGAGCAGAGUCUCCUCUCCAUGCCAUGCCUGAUGAAGGAACUCCGCAGAGACUCGCCAGAGUCCCAGACUGCCUCCACAGGGAGUGACAAGCCUGUAUCACGUCAUAUCUAUGAGAGUGACUCCUCAAAUCCCUGCAUGCUAUCCCCCUCAUCCAGCGGCCACCUAGCUGACUCAGACACGCUCUCCUCAGGGGAAGAAGGUGCCGCUCCUCCUGCAGGAGAAGAUGCCAACAUGGAGGCGUCAAAUGAUCCAGGGCAGGCAGCAGGAAGGCAAGCGUCUGCCACGUCUACAGGGGGGAGGAAGUCCCGGCGAUCACGCUCGGAGAGUGAGAUGCCUCCUAAUGCAAUGGCCGCAAAGAAAAACCGCUGCCAGCCCACCACAGCUGCCGCGGGAGGUCAGGAAAAACAAACCAACGGCAAGCUGGGAAAAGUGAAAGGUCACCGGAGCCAGAAACACAAGGAGCGGAUGCGUUUGCUGAGGCAAAAACGAGAAGCAGCAGCGCGGAAGAAGUAUAACCUGCUGCAGGACAGCAGUACAAGUGACAGCGAGCUCACAUGUGACUCCAGCACUAGCUCCUCUGAGGAUGACGAUGAUGACACUUCAGGAGGCAGCAAGACAAUCAAGACAGAUAUUUCAGCUGGCUUCAGACGUGCAUCGGAGAGAUCCAGAGUGGGCGCCCAGAUUCAUGGGCUGCUGGACAGCGGUACGUGGGACAGAAACGGCAUCGGCAGUGUCCUGGAGGAGGCCAUGACGCGCUUUGCUGUGAUGCAGCGCCAGACUGAGGAGCGCUUCCGCAUCUGGAUGGAAAAGCUUGCACAUCUUGACUCCGACGACUCAUCCAAACGUUCAAGUGAUGCCCACGAGGGUCAGCAGCAGGGUGGACGCCCAUCCCCACCCAGUUCCUAUUUGCCAUCAUCGGAGUCUGCAGAGACUAUGGCUGCCUACAUGUUGGCACGAGAGAAUAACACUCUCACCCCCACUCCCAUAAACAACAACAUUCUACCUGAAGUGACCACUCAGAAUGGAAAUCUAGGUGUUCCAGACCCCGGUCUCCUGAAUGUUUAGAUUACAUCUACACCACUCCUCGCUGUUUUGGACUUUAAUCUUACCAAGUGUAGAACUAGUUGUAGGGAUCAUGGAAAAGGGUAUUAUAGAUAAUUGUUGUGAGGUCACUAAGCAAAUACACCCUAACCAGCAGCUGGGCCGGAGCUGCUCAUUUGAUCUGGACUCUCUGCAGACUUGAGACUUGGUGCAUCUGCUGACACUGAAUCACUGUGAGACUCUCUGAAUAAUUCAACUCACCUGUUUGAUUUCUGCUGAAUCUGUGACACGGACACAGGCCAAAUCUCUAUAGACUCUUGAGUCAGGGCUCUUAUUCUACUGCUUAAUGUAUGGCUUGUUAGGUUUUUAUGGAGCAGUUGUGCACACAUACACACACGUACACUGAGAAGCUGAUUACGUCAUUCACAUAGACUGUGCUUUACAACACCUGGCAGCCAUCACAACAGUGAUAAAGUGGGGUGCUGCUGCUUAAUAGCAUGUGCCUUGUCAUUCUGACGUCAUGCUGGGAAUGAUAAAUAGAGCAUCAUAGUAUUCAUCAUACUAUUUCUUUAAAAAAUUAGGUUUCACUAUCUACAUAGCCCUUCAUUUUCCUGAACUAUGUUUGCACUUUGCUUAAAAGUGGUUCAGGACUUAAAAAAUGUUGGCAACCUUUAUUUUGGUGGCAUAGCUUUACUAACAUCAAAACAUUUUAAACAUAGAUUUGCCUAUAAAUAUAAAGACAAAAUGCUUACCACUAAAUGUCUUGAUUUGAAAAUAUUUAGAUAUGUUUUUUAAUGUUUGCCUUUCUGUUACAUUUGCUGCUAUCGCUGCGUUUGUGCAGUAACAAGAAACUAGUGAGGGAGAAGUGACUCCUAAUGGUUAUUUGUAGUAGCGUAUAGAUUAUGGAUUUCAGAUAUGGCAUGGGUUCCAGUGUUGUGGCUAUCAGCUACAAUGUUCAGAACCUCCAAUUUUUACUCGUAUAAUAUUCGUUACUACUUUAUUUCGUUACUACUAUAUUCACUGGUCUGCCGGCUUGGCCUGUGUCUGCAGCUUGACUUUAAACUGAAAAACCCAGGCAUCAAACUAACAAAUACACCGCGGUGAUAACAGCUGUGGUAUGGUGCAUGGCAAUGUUUACUGACUUCCUAAACCUGACUGAUCUGAGUGAUCAUGUGGCCUUCUCUGGUUCAGAUCCUAUGGUCUUUUGAGGUGGAAACACUCCUCCUCAACCCCUUCCUCAAACUACUUUUACUGAUGUGGAUGGCUAGUCUCACUACACCGCUAACAACAUCCAGACAUAAUGAAGGAUUCAUUGGCCUAAUCAUGUUUCUGAUAUGAAAUACCAUAAAUAUAUUUCAUAUCGUGUAAGGAUGUUGAAAAAAGAAGUGUUACAUUUUCAGUAUGUGUAUAUGUAGCCCUAUGACUGUCAGUUUUACACAACUGAAGGCUGAAAGUUCCCCCACCUGUUUGCAUGUGAUUAUAUUAGUAUAUAGAAUGUACAAGGCCAAAUUAGUUUCAUCAGCAGCAUGUGUGCAAGGUGUACCUUUGCUUAUGCUGAUACAUGGUGACUGACCGGACAUUUGAUCUGUUUAAUUGCCUUUUUUGGCCUUCUGUCUUGUUUCAAGUUGUUAUAUUAAUUUGUUUUUGUUUGAUUCUGCUUAAAUACUAGGGCUGCCCCCUAAAAGUUGAUGACUAUAAUCAUAAGUCAAGAAGACUCAGGUUGACUCUUGAUUUGUCAGUUGGAUCACUGAAUCACUCUGCCAUAUUUCACUGAAAAGUAAAAAAAAAAAAAAAAAAAACAGCACGACGGCCUGUACAUUUCAAAAAAUCGUUAUAGUUCUUAAAGUGCAGGUAAAUUAUCUAAACACACCUGGUAAUUCAAAAAGGUGUAAAUACUGAGUAAAGAACUAUCGCUCUACAAUUCCAAGCUGAGAAGCUUGCAAACAUAUUCAAUGAUUGUUCCAGUGGUGUGGUCAUUGUUAACAAUAUACAUCACAAAUAUUAAAGAUGGUCUACGUCAGGGACGGACUUAAAGCACUGGAAAGGUAGUCUUCUGGAAAUUUUUAAAUGUAAGAGAAAGAUGCCUCUUACAGGUAAAACAUGAGUCUCAUCUAGGCUUAUACACAAGGUUGGUGUGGUGCAUCACAAUAAAAAGGAUAAAUAGUCAAACUUUUUUUUUACCAGCCAAAUCAGAUUCGACUGACUAAAUUCUGAGUGGGGUACAGCCCUUAUAAUUACUUUGCUCACUGGCCAACUGGCAUCAGCGGAGAUGCGACAUGCAGAAAUGCCUUGCAAGUGACAAACACCAAUGCUUCAUCUUUGCCAUUAAACUUUAAUUUUGAAUCAACUGUUCUGUCGACAUGUUAAAGUGAGCCCUCACAAUCACACACUGUGUGCAUUAGAAAUAACACUAAGGACAGUCAAUUGUUUACCAAAGAACUAUCCUGGUUUACAUGAGUCCUUUUCUAUCUCUAAUACAUGGCCUUUAAAUCCCUUUCUCUGGUAACCCUGGUACCUUCCUAUUGCAGCCCGACCAGCUAUUCAUAGGCAGCGUUCUGUUAUAGUACAUGCUGUCCAGACCAACCCUCUCUCACAAACAACACAGUAUACACACACAUACCCAAAGACACGUCUGGGUAGCUGUGUUAGUGUGUGUCUCUCCCAGGGACUCCUUUUACAGGGUAGAAGAAAGAUACAUGUUUCAGCUCUUCCACUUCUGUUGUUUUGGCCUUUUUACUUAUGUGACAAAAUUUAUUUGACAGAUUAAGAUAAUUUUGAAGUGUUUUGUAAUGAUUGUAUUCUAGUGUAGUUUUUAUGUGAAUGGCUGUUAUUUUAAAAGCAAUAAAUGGAGAGAAAAAAAACUGUUGCACAAAGUUUAUUGAUACAAACACUCUAAUAUUAGAAAAGACUCACUAGUUAAGCAUCCUAAAUAUUUCUUCAACUGUUCAUGUUUUAUUGCUGAAUGGAUGAGCCAAAAUGAAUGAGCCAAACUGUUGGUAUAUAUCUGGGGCAAUAGGGUAUGUUUCCAUGUUCUUUUUCAUAUAGGAGCUGCAGCUAGCUGGGCUAUGGAUUCAAACAGUCCUACUCCUCCCAGGCAUGAUUUGAAUAAUAAAGUGUUUUCUUUGUUUC